GUGUGCUAACUUCUACUACACACCAAAGACAACCCACCCCGACGCGAGGAACUCAAGAUGAAGGUCACUGUCACCAACCUGAUGUUGUGCACUGCACUCCUUGCCACCACCGGGUCAGGCUUCCCGCUUGAGAGGAAGGGGGCUACUGGGAAGGAGAAGAGGGUCCAGUACGCCGCCUGGGACGAUGUGAACGUGCUGGCCCAUGGCUUGCUGCAGCUGGGCCAAGGCCUGAAGGAGCAUGUGGAUAAAACCAAGCUCCAGGUGCGGGACAUCACAGCCAAGCUGAAGUCCUUCAACGGCACCGUGGUCGACCUGGGCAAGCUGACCCAGAGGCUGCAGGAGGACAACAACGUGCUGAAGGCCAGGACGGAGGGUCUGGAGGCGAGGGAGAGCCAGGUGCUCAACAUCUCCUCCGAGCUGAGGGAGAGGGCCGAGGAGAUGCUGAUGGAGAAGGAGAGGGUGCGUGAGAGGAUGGACAAGCUGGAGGAGAAAGUGAACGGCGCGCUGCAGGGACAGGGAGAGAGCUUGCAAGGUACCACUGGAAACCUCACUGAUGCCAGAACUAUCCAGGGUAUGAUGGAGGCACAGAAUCGCCGGAUAGACGAACUCGUUGACAGAAUAAAGCAACAGCAGGAAAAACUGGACAAGCAGAACAUCCGCAUCCGAACCCUUCAGAAUCAGAUACAGAUCAAUUUGCAGUCGUUUCUGAAGCGAAAAGACGAUGCCAUUUCCCAAAAUGGCAGCAUCGAACAACGCGAUUCUCCACUAGAUACAGCCUCGGACUGCCAUGAACUUUUUCUGAGAGGAGAGACCACCUCUGGUGUGUACACAAUCAAGCCGCUACAAUCUGAGCCUUUUGAGGUCUCCUGUGAGAUGACAGCAGAUGGGGGCUGGACAGUCAUCCAGAGGCGCCAGGACGGCUCAGUGGAUUUUGAUCAGCUCUGGCAGGCCUACCAGAGUGGAUUUGGAAACUUGAAUGGUGAAUUUUGGCUGGGCCUGCAGAAGAUCCACUCGCUGUCCAAAGACGGCAGCUACAUCCUCAAGGUCCAGCUCAGUGACUGGAGGGACGACACGGAGACGAUCAAGUUCCCCUUCCGGCUGAGCGGGGAGGAGAGCAACUACUCCCUGCACAUCCAGGACAACACCUCCAGGAACCAGGAGGGAGCCCUGUCCUCCGACCCCGCCGGCUUGCCCUUCUCCACCCGCGACAAAGACAACGACCAGAAGAGCGACAUCAACUGCGCCAAGCACCUUUCUGGUGGAUGGUGGUUCAGCAACUGUGGACACUCCAACUUGAACGGCAGAUACUUCUCCACCCCCCCACCCAAGCAGCGGCACCAGAGGAAGCAGGGAGUGUUCUGGAAGACCUGGCGUGGCCGCUACUACCCCCUCAAGACCACGGUGAUGAUGAUCGCCCCCUUGGAGAUUGAAAACAAGUCCUAGAGAGGGAGAGACAAGUCUCUUUGAGAGGGAGAGUCUUGUGUUUCAGGAGAGAGGCGGGACAUUUUAUAAACGAGUCGUGAACUACUGAGUUUUAAAAAAAAAUGUAAAAUCCAAGUUUUACGGUGACCCAAAAUAGCUGAAAACAGUGAAAUUUGCCAAAUAUUCAAUUGUAGCAAAAACAUGGUGCUUGGACAAUUCAUGUUGAAUGUUCACAAUUUCACUCAGCACAAGGGCUCAGAUGGCCAUUUUUGUAUUUUGGCAGAGUGGACAUGGAGAUAGCAUUAGAUCACCACGGCUUUAAAUGAAUACCAGCCAACCAGCCAUAUGCUAGUGAAAUUUGAGUUUGGCUGGUAUAAAAAAAGAUCAACUUACUAACCACUUUGACCCAUUAGGGACUGUGUAUUUGGCUAGUAAGAUGAACAUCUAUUAGCCAUUUUGGCUGGUGAUGAAAAAAGUUAAUUUAGAGCCCUGCAGAUCACUGUCUCUGGGACUGAAAGAGAGACAUCCAAAUAGCCAAGAACUGGAUGUGCCUAAGCUAAACAUGUAUCGACACGUUUGCAUAUUGCAAGCAUCUUUUCAAAUUUUCCACAUGUAGAGACGGAGCUGGUAUGAGGGGUGCACUGAGAGGCCCCCAGCACUGUAUGAUAUUUAUGCUUUUCCAUAGAAUAACUUUAACGAAAAACAGGGCUGUUUAAAGACCUGGUUUCAUGGACCAAACACCACCACAAUCAUUUGGAGAAGAAGAGACCUCCAUUUAUGGCAUUAGUAAUCCCAUGGCAUUAUCUAAAGUCUAAGGUAGAGUACAGACAGACCUGCAAGAGUGGGGUAGCUAUGUAAUUGUUCAUUUGUGCACACAAUGCUUUUUUUUUUUAAUGCCCUUAAAGAUUAUACCGCUGUAAGUGUUUUCUACUGGUUGAUGAUGUUUCAUUGAUGACUCCACGGCUUAUUUCCAUGGAGAAUUGUUAUUUUCAGUCAUAUUGACUGCAUUUUAUUACUGAAGUUUUGUCCACUUCCUGUAAAUACUAAAAAGAUUUUUACGUCGACUGAACCUUUAAAACCUUGAAAUGUAAACACUUUCAGUUGUGCUACAGUUGUAAUAUUCCCAGUUGUUGUUGAAGACUGACAUGUCCUUAUUUUUUCUAUUUAAGUGUUGUAAAAAUCACUGUUUACUUCAUCUUUUGUUAAUUAUUUAUAUUUCAAAUAUUUCCCGAAACCAUAAGAAAACUUUUGCUAUUGUUUUCUUUCUUUUUCUACACAACAAAGAGGAACUGAUGUUCAAGUCAUUUGUCCAUAGCGGGCCAAUAAAAAACAUAUUUGAAAACA